UGAUGCGCACCCUCAAUAUGAAGGCACCCAGGGCAGUUUCUGCCUUUGAUUUUAAAGAAUAAGCCUUGUGAAUUCUACAAGUGCUGAAUCCGCUCACUGGACUAAAGUAGAUGCGACACCGAAUUAACGUCUUGGUCCUGCAGAAUGUCCAAGAUCAGGCGGAAGGUAACAGUGGAGAAUUCAAAAACCAUAUCUGACAGCAGCAGCAGCAGCAGCACCACAACCAGCAGCACCAGCAACCCCGCCGCCCCCUCCCGCCGGCCCAGUGUGUUCGAAAGACUCGGCCCCAGCACUGGGAGUAAUGCUGCUGAUAGUCACUGUAGAAAUUGGCUGAAGACCGGUAAUUGCAGUUACGGCAACACUUGUCGCUACACACAUGGAACUCAGCCACGAGGCAAAGGAUUUAGCUUUAGUCGGUCAGCCGAGAGACCCACAGGUGAUCUGCGGGAGAGGAUGAAGAAUAAGAGACAGGAUGUUGACCCAGAAAACCUGAAGCGAGACCUAGACGAGCCCACAUCCCCCACAGCGAGACAGAGAGACUCCUCCAGAGGCCGACACAGAGAAAAGGAGGAUAUAAAGAUCACAAAGGAGCGCACCCCUGCCAGCGAAGAAGAACCCACAGAGUGGGAAACCAAUCGUGAAGACUCAGAUAUCGGUGACUACGACUACGAGUUAUCCCUAGAGAUGAAGCGCCAGAAGAUUCAACGUGAGCUGAUGAAAUUGGAGCAGGAGAACCUGGAAAAGAGGGAGGAAAUUGUCAUCAAGAAAGAUGAGGCCCCCGCCAAAACAAGAGCCGCUGCCAUGCCGAAGGUCUCCCCGGAGCAGCUAAGCAAAGAUUCACCCUCACCCAGGAAGUCUAGUGGAUCCCCAAAACACAAAAGUGCAACCAAAGGCCUCGGCUCUGGGAAGAAAGAGAAGAAGGCAUCUGUGUCCUCACCUGUAUCAGAGUCUGCCAGGACUUCAAAAGGGAGCCACAGUAAGAAGAAGGGGCCCCGUACCCCCAGUCCUCCUCCCCCUGUCCCUCUGGACAUUCCUGUGAUGGGGAAGAAGCAUAAAGGGAAGCACAAAAACAAGGAGAAGUCUGAGGAGAAGCAGAAGGAGGGGAAAGACCGGGGGCGGGACACAGAAAAACACAAAGAAAAGAAGGAAAAACGCAGGGACCGAUCAGACAGUUCCCACAAGGCCAAGCGGUCAGUAACAUCAGAGGAGCGUUCUGGUAGCGUGUCAUUGCCUUCUAGGGGCACUUCACCCUCAACCAGGAAGAAGUCCACAUCUCCUAAAGCUUCGUCACAUAAGACUCCUGCGCUGGCCUCCCCUCCUCGGAGGUCUCCCUCUCCUCCACGCCGCCAGCGCACCCCCACUCCUCCACGCCACCACUCCCCUUCCUCCCACUCAGGUUCCUCUGCCCAGCGCCACUCUUCGUCUCCUCGCCGGCGUCGCUCAUCCUCUCCCGUUUACCACCGGAGCACGACAGCCACGGCCUCCGCCUCCUCCCCUCCGAGCUCCCGGCGCUCCCGAUCACCUCCGGCCUCCCAUGACACCUCCUCGCCCCACCGCCGAUCUGACAGGUCGAGCCCCGGCAGGCGGCACUCCAGGGGCCGCGAGAGGAGCCGUGGUGAAAGAGAGAGGAGUCCGCCUGCCCAGGAGCGCAGACAUGAGCGCAGAGAUGAAAGCCGCAGCAAGCGAGAGAAGGACAGCAUCCGCGACGACCGGGACUACGACGAACAGGUGUCUUCACGGGACGCUCGCGAUGACAGGGAAACCCGAGAGGCCCGCGAGCGACGGGACGCACGUGAUCGAGGAAGGGAAGCAACUAGAGACUCUCGCGACCACAGAGACAACAGGGAUGUAAAGGACUCCAGAGAGAGCAGGACAGAGACCCGCUCCAGUCGAGAGUCGCUGGAGAUUCGUGACCGCGAACGGGAACGAGAGAGGGACCGGGAAAAAGAAAGAGAGCGGGAAAAGGAAAGAGAGAGGGAGAGGACUGACACCCACAGGAAGGAGGAACCCACUCAGGACGACAGGAGUUAUGGGAGAGGUCAUGGACGGGAAGAUGGGGGGAGAGCUGAAGGAAGGACGGAGAACAGGACAGACAGAGCUGAGAAGAAUGGACGAGGGAGAGGGCGUGCUAAUGAAACCUCUGAUAAAGGUUCAAACAGAAACUCUCGGGGCUCCCAGCUAGACAGCGGCCAUGACAGCUGGGAGUCACGGAGCAGCGCGGUGCGUGAACGAAGUGCGGAGAGGAGCACGGACCGCAGCGCGACCGAAAGAAGCUCCGAGAGGGGUUCAGACCGAGACCGCUACGAGGGUGACAGGAGGGGAGAACCGGCCCGAGACUCCUCCUAUGACAGGAGAGGAGGCCAUGGAGAGCGGGAUCGCAGAGACAACAGAGAGAGAGAUCAAAGGGCUGCCUCCCCAAAUAGACACCAAGGGAGAUCAGAGGAGUCUGAGAGGGAGGACAGGAGGGAUGAUCGCAGGACAGACAGAGCAGAGGAGAGACGAGAAGACAGGGCCCGCGACCGGGAGAGAGAGAGAGACAGGGAGAGGGAGCGGGAGAGAGAGAAGGAGAAGGAAAGAGAGCGAGAGAGGGAGAGGGAGAGGGAAAAGGAGCGAGAGAAGGAGAGGGAGGCCGAGAGGGAGCGGGCCCGUGAGAGGGAGCGCGAGAGGGAGCGCGAGAGGGAAAGGGAGCGCGAGGAGCGGGAGAGAGAGAGGGAGGAACGGGAGAGGGAGAGAGAGCGGGAGAGGAAGGAGCGGGAAAGGGAGAGGGAGCGAGAGCGAGAGAGGGAGCAACGGGAGCGAGAGAGGCAACGGGAGUGGGAGGAGCGUGAGAGAGGGAGGGAGGAAAGGCGGGAGAGGAGAGAGGACACCAGGGACGACCGCUCUGUUCGAGACACCCGGGAUGAUCGCAAGACGAGUCGUAAAAGGACCAGGGUGGAGAGCAGCCCGAGCCCCCGACCCUCACCCAAGCGAGGAACGCGGGGCGUCAGCCCGGCAGACAGUGAUGGCUACAACAGUGGAGAAGACAAAAGUAGCGACAAGCAUCGUCUGCUGAGCCAGGUGGUGCGGCCCCAGGAGCCCUUGCUGCGUUCUCCACUCAGGCCUGCUCCAGCCGAUGACAAGCCCGGUCACUGGAAGGAUGAGGAGCGCAGAGGAGCCGCGGACAAGAGGGAAGCACGCAGCCGCCUUGAGGACCUGGAGCCUCGCGGGGAGCGAAGCAGAGGAGGCGACAGGCGAGGAGAGCACCUUGCGGACGCCUCGACUGACUCCCGCGGCAGAGGCAGAGACCAUCGAGAAUCCACGCCGCCUCCACCUCCUUCAGUCCUCGCCACUGGCAGCGAAGACAGAGCUGGCUCCCAGUCCCUCGAGGAGGGCAAAAAGAAGACAAAGUCUCAGAGGAAGUGCUUGAAGAAGGGUCGAAAAGACGAGGAGAUCGGCGGUGGCAACAGUCUGGCUGGUGCAGGAGAUCGCUUCAACCCCGAGCCCCCAGCCAGCAGUUCUACAGACGGACCUCCACCCUUACACUCCCCCAGGAAAGUAGCCAAGAAGAAGGCGCUCGAACGAAAGAGAAAGCGGUCACGAGAAGGAGAAUCCGAUGUGUCUGAUGAGGAUUCAUCAGCUCAUCAGCCGCAUAGUAAGAGAAAGAGAGGUCCCCGGACGCCACCACCCUCAAUGAGGCCUGAUCACCGCGGUACUGUAGGCAACACAGAGCGGUCUCCACUGUCCAAAAUGGACAACUUCAGUGACUGGUCAGAUGAGGAGGUCACAGAUCGAGGGGGAGGGCCACUGGAAACACAAGCCCCCCUGGCUCCCGCUGAGAGGGCUCCUGCUGAGCCUCUUAGGAGAGGUGGUCCGAGGUUGGGCAGGGACAGGGAGCGUUGCAACCCCCCUCCCAUCGCCCCUCUAAUCCCCCAGGAUCCUCCGAUGCUGCUGCAGACUCUGACUCCGCAGCCCCUCAUGUCCCAGCCCCUGCUCCGCAAACCUCCCCCAGAGCAGACGCGCAGCAGCAGCAUGGGAAGCAACCAGAGCCGUACAUCCUCCAGACGUCUGCGGUCGCCCUCCAACGAGUCCGCCCACAGAGAUGACCCACAAGGUCCACGAUCCCGCCGGGGCCGGCUGCAGGGCGCCAACUCUCGCGACCGGGAACGAGAAAGAGAGCGAGAGAGGGAGAGGGAAAGAGACCGAGAGCGAGAGAGAGAAAGGCCGCUCAUGAGCGAUCCUCCAGGGGCCGAGAGGAAGUCUCGAAUUGACCAGUUGAGGAGAGGAGAACCCAGUCGCAGCACCUCCUCAGACCGGCAGGAUUCCCGCAGCCACAGCUCCAGACGCAGCUCUCCUGACUCUGAGAGGCAGGCCAGGUCCCGCGCCGGCUCCUAUGACAGCCGUGAACGGGAGAGAGACAGGGAGCCGUUUGAGCGGGAGCGAGAACGAGACCGAAAGGACCUCCGGCCUCAGCAGCAGCAACAGCAGCAGCAGCCCCUGCUCCUCCAACAGCCCCUACAACAGCAGAGAGACUGGGAGCCCGAACCCCGGGACUGGCCUAGCAGGGGACGGGAGCCCCUGCUGAUGCGACCUGGCCGCGAGCCUCUCCUGAGGGAGCGGGACAUGAGGGACAGGGAACGCUUACUCCCUGAAGGACUCAUCCAGCAGCAUGAGCGGGAAAGGGAGCGCGAGAGGGAGCGGGAGAGAGACGGCAGAGGUGAGAGAGGCGCCGAUCGAGAGAGGGAGAGGAUGAUGAUGAUGAUGGACUUACCGUCCCACGGCGACCCCAGGGCUCCAGGACGAGGGGACCUGAGAGGUGAAAUCAGAGGAGACCUGCGAGGGGACAUGAUGAGACAGGAGAGGAGUGAGUAUGAGCCUCUGCUGCCAAGAGAAGCCUUCAGCCCUCCAGAGCCAGAGAAACCGAUCAACAGUCACCACCUAAUGGGAGAGCAGCGGGAGCUGGAGAAGACGGACAGCAUCGACGGGGACGAUGAGGGGAAAGAGGACGAUGGGCAAUCGGUCGCAUCUGUUGGAGAAGAGUAUGAACCAAUCAGUGAUGAUGAGCUGGAUGAAAUCCUGGCUGACAGCCAGAAAAAAGAGGAUCAGCAAGAUGAUGAGAAAAUUACAGGUCCUCUGGAUGUGAUUGAUGUGGACUGGUCCAGCCUGAUGCCCAAACAGAAGCAGGAACCACGAGCAGCAGGGGCAGCGUUGCUUCGGUUCACACCAGGGGCCGUGCUUCUCAGGGCGGGCAUCUCCAAGCGACUUGCUGGGCCUGAGCUCCUGGAGCAAGUCAGAGAGGUGUGCAAGUCGGAGCUGGAUGACCCCAAAGAUGCCGACAAGCUGUUUGAGCACGACCUGGGGGCCCUGAAUAUGGCAGCCCUGAACAGGCGGAUGGAGAGGGCAGGUUUACUGAGCAACCUCGGGCCCUGCUGCAAGGCCCUGUGUGCCCGCAGGGACUUCGCCAUCCGCAGGCAGUUGCUAAAAAAUGACAAGGGUCUAACCAAGCAGUACCCCACUACCCCUGUGGUAGACAACGAGCUGCUGCAGAUGAGCAUGCGUCUCUUCAGAAGGACCAUGGCUGGCCAGGCCUCGGGCCCAGAAAGGUCUGACGGUGGGGCAGCGCCAGCAGCCGAGGUUGCCGCAGCUGGUAGUAGUAAGCUCAGCACAGCACAGUCUGAGGUGUGUGUGUCCUGAAAGAAAUGGGCUUAUUGAGUCAAACACAUGAAAGUGAACGCAUCUAAGCCUUUACUUCUUCUAGCCCCUGACUCUGUCCCAUUUCAUUACAUACCUAGCCGCCUUUUUAGUCAUGAGAGGAAAUAAAGAAAAACAGCAACAUUGUGAAUCUAACUCAGUUAUGCUUUACAUGUUAUGGGUGAUCUGCAAGUGCUGUGCCAUAGACUACUGGACAUUCUAGCCUAUGGAGGUGUGUAAUGAACCAUGUACAAGAAACAUAAAACACACCUAAAAUGACUUUGUUUUUUUUUUGUGCAGUACAGUGUUUUAGAGCAGCUUUUAAAUUGUCUGUUUCACCUGCCUAACCAAGUUCAAAUGACUGUUUUGUUUUCAUAUAUUGUGCAUUUGGUUACUACAACUGUGCAUUAAAAUGGUUAGAUGUUGAUUUUUGUAACGGGUCUUUUGCUUUGUAUGAAGUGACUGUUCAGCCUUCAAAUAAUGUGACACUUGAUAUUAUUGCUAAUUUGUUUACACCAUAUAACAAAAUAUCUGCAGAGCAAAUCUAUAGCAUUUGCCACAGAGUGUGACUGAUCAACAGCACUGAAACAUCCUGCAGGGACUUGAAUGUGUGUCAUGAAUAAGCACUGCCAAACUAUUCCUUCAUCGAAUGUAAUUUGUUAUAAGUGUCAGUCUUUGGAAACAUUUUUUUGCUUGAUGUAUUUGUUUUGAAUGGUUUGGCAAUGUCUCCUUGAAAUGAACUGGAGUGAGUGCAGAGCCCACUACAGACUGCAGAGUACCAGAUCUCCAACACUGCCAUGUGGAAUUCCUCUCCUUAACGUUCACCAGCCUACACCUUCCAAAAAGGAGCCAAAGUGUUCCCAAUAGGGAAAGACACUAGAAUGCUUAGAUUAAAAAAAAAAAAAAAAGACUGAAAAGAUAAUUAGUUUCAGCUUCAUAUCACGUUUCUGUGUUCCAGUGGUUGACCCUCCAGACUCACAAUAAAAAAAGACUUGCACAGGUGGAUAAAGUGAACCUCCGGGAUGUGCUUGUAUCAACACUUUUCAGUUCAGCAAGUGACACUUGAAAAGAGCAGGUUGUGCAUGCUCAGUGCUUGGACACAAAUUCAAUGGACAAACCAGCAUCAGUGAUGCACUGAACAGCUUAAACAACAUAAUGAGAACGGAAAAAGGCUGUUACGUUAGAGCCCUGGAUUCAACACGACAUCUCCUCCUGGCCAUGCAACUGUGACUUGAAAUCUAAGUGACAUUACAGACAUGGAGAGAUCGGGCUCAGGUGUAGCCCACUAUCUUUUAGUCUGAGCACAACUAUUUUUUAAAGGAAAACACUUUUCCUAUUACAUAUUUAUUUUGUCUAAGGUUCAAGGUCAAUUUUGAGAUGUGCAAGUAAUGACAUCUGGUUUAAAGCUGUAUUUUUUACUGUAAAAUAAAUGUAGAAUGACAU